UUCAACGCCGGUCUCGCGCACUGCGAUGAUCAAUCCCGUGCAUGACAGCUAUUGUCCUCGCGCUUGAAACGCAACACCUGCACGACUAAACUAAAGCCAUUUGCGACAGAGGAAAACAUGACAGAUAAGGGGGACAUCCGAAACGAGGAGGACUAUGUUGGGGAGAUCAAAGGGGGUCUACGGCCGACCAUGAGGCUGGUAGUGAUGGGUAUUGUUCACAAGCAGCCCAAAAGUAUGGUAGUUUUAGUGGCAUGCCAGUCUAAAGGGGAGGGGGAUGAAGAAAUUGAGGGUGAUGUGGGUCUGGAGUUGAAAGUGAACUUUUCACAAAAGGCUGUGCUUCGUAACGCUCGUCUGUCAGGACAGUGGGGCGCUUCAGAAACCGCCCUGUCUUUUUUCCCCUUUGCUCCGGGAGAGGCCUUUAAGAUGGAGAUUGUGUGCGAGCACCAGCAGUUCCGUAUUCUGGUGGAUGGGCAGCCGUUGUGUGGUUUCACUCACAGACUGACUCAGCUCGCAUCUCUUACUGCUCUUAAAAUCAAUGGAGACUUACAGCUUACCAAAGUGGCUUGAGCAAGUGAAGAAUUGUCUGCCAAGAUGACUAUUCACAGAAGCAACUUAGCUGAGGUUUUAGAAUCCUGACCGUACUGUACACAAUUGUCUUUAAUUUCCAGAACUCCCUCAGUUCAUUUAAAACAUCUAGAACUUUAGCAGAAUUUUAGUUGGGUCUGUUUGUUUUGAUAAACUAAUCACCCAUUUUACUGUAUAUUGUUUCUCCAGUG